GCGGCCCCGGCGGUGCCUAGGAUCGGGCUGCGCGGUGACGCUCAGAGCCGCGCGGGGCCGGCGCGGGCGGCGGCGGGAUGAACAGCAUCAAGAACGUGCCGGCGCGGGUGCUGAGCCGCCGGCCGGGCCACAGCCUCGAGGCCGAGCGCGAGCAGUUCGACAAGACCCAGGCUAUCAGCAUCAGCAAAGCCAUCAACAGCCAGGAGGUCCCCGUGAAGGAGAAGCAUGCCCGCCGCAUCAUCCUGGGCACUCACCAUGAGAGGGGGGCCUUCACCUUCUGGUCCUACGCCAUCGGCCUGCCGCUGCCCAGCAGCUCCAUCCUUAGCUGGAAGUUCUGCCACGUCCUCCACAAGGUCCUCCGAGAUGGGCACCCCAAUGUGCUGCAUGACUGUCAGCGAUAUCGGAGCAAUGUCCGGGAGAUUGGUGACCUGUGGGGACACCUGCAUGACCGCUAUGGCCAGCUGGUGAACGUCUAUACCAAGCUGCUGUUGACCAAAAUCUCCUUCCACCUCAAGCACCCGCAGUUUCCUGCUGGUCUGGAGGUGACCGAUGAUGUGCUGGAGAAGGCGGCUGGGACUGACGUCAACAACAUCUUCCAGCUCACCGUGGAGAUGUUUGACUACAUGGACUGCGAGCUGAAGCUCUCAGAAUCAGUGUUCCGGCAGCUCAACACAGCCAUCGCGGUGUCCCAGAUGUCCUCAGGCCAGUGCCGCCUGGCCCCGCUCAUCCAGGUCAUCCAGGACUGCAGCCACCUCUACCACUACACCGUCAAGCUCAUGUUCAAGCUGCACUCGUGUCUCCCUGCAGAUACCCUGCAAGGCCACAGGGACCGGUUCCAUGAGCAGUUCCACAGCCUCCGGAACUUCUUCCGACGAGCCUCAGACAUGCUCUACUUCAAGCGGCUCAUCCAGAUUCCCCGGCUGCCAGAGGGCCCCCCCAACUUCCUGAGGGCCUCAGCCCUUGCUGAGCACAUCAAGCCAGUGGUGGUGAUCCCUGAAGAGGCCCCCGAGGAUGAAGAGCCUGAGAACCUCAUCGAGAUCAGCACUGCACCCCCUGCUGGGGAGCCCCCAGUGGUGGCUGACCUCUUUGAUCAGACAUUUGGACCCCCCAAUGGCUCCCUGAAGGAUGACAGGGACGUGCAGAUUGAGACCUUGAAGAAGGAGGUGGAGGCGCUCCGUGCUGAGCUGGAAAAGAUCAAGCUGGAGGCCCAGCGCUACAUCGCGCAGCUGAAGGGCCAGGUGAACGCCCUGGAGGCCGAGCUGGAGGAGCAGCGGAAACAGAAGCAGAAGGCCCUGGUGGACAACGAGCAGCUCCGCCACGAGCUGGCCCAGCUGAGGACCGCGCAGCUGGAUGGCGCCAGGAACCAGGGCCUGCGCGAGGAGGCCGAGCGGAAGGCCAGCGCCACGGAGGCGCGCUACAGCAAGCUGAAGGAGAAGCACAGCGAGCUCAUCAACACGCACGCGGAGCUGCUGAGGAAGAACGCAGACACCGCCAAGCAGCUGACGGUGACCCAGCAGAGCCAGGAGGAGGUGGCGCGGGUAAAGGAGCAGCUGGCCUUCCAGAUGGAGCAGGUGAAACGCGAGUCUGAAAUGAAGCUGGAGGAGCAGAGCGACCAGCUGGAGAAGCUCAAGCGGGAGCUGGAGGCCAAGGCUGGCGAGCUGGCGCAUGCGCAGGAAGCCCUGAGCCGCACGGAGCAGAGUGGGUCGCAGCUGAGCUCGCAGCUGGACGCGCUGAGCGCCGAGAAGGAGACACUGAGCGGGGCGGUACGGCAGCAGGAGGCCGAGCUGCUGGCGGCGCGGGGCCUGGUGCGCGAGCGGGAGGAGGCGCUGAGCCGCGAGCAGCAGCGCAGCGCGCAGGAGAGGAGCGAGCUGCAGGGAAGGCUGGCAGAGAAGGAGUCACAGGAGCAGGGGCUGCAGCAGAAGCUUCUGGACCAGCAGUUCGCGGUGCUGCGGGGCGCUGCCACUGAGGCCCAGGCCAUCCUGCAGGACGCCGUGAGCAAGCUGGAUGAUCCCCUGCACCUCCGCUGUACCAGCUCCCCCGACUACCUGGUGAGCAGGGCCCAGGCAGCUCUGGAUGCUGUAGGUGCUUUGGAGCAGGGCCAUGCCCAGUACCUGACCUCCAUGGCAGAUGCCUCCGCCCUGGUGGCAGCCGUGACUCGCUUUUCCCAUCUGGCUGCAGACACCAUUGUCAAUGGCAGUGCCACCUCUCACCUCGCCCCCACCGACCCUGCCGACCGCCUGGUGGACAACUGCAGGGAGUGUGGAGCCCAGGCUCUGGCGUUCCUCACACAGCUGCAGGACCGGGGCACGCUGCUGGCGGCACAGCCCGGCCUGCUGCGAGGCCCCUUGCAGGGCAUCCUCCAGCUGGGCCAGGACCUGAAGCCCAAGAGUCUAGACGUGCGGCAAGAGGAACUAGGGGCCAUGGUUGACAAGGAGAUGGCAGCCACGUCCGCGGCCAUCGAGGACGCUGUGCGGAGGAUUGAGGACAUGAUGAACCAGGCCCGCCACGAGAGCUCGGGAGUGAAGCUGGAGGUGAAUGAGAGGAUCCUCAACUCCUGCACAGACCUGAUGAAGGCAAUUCGGCUCCUGGUGAUGACAUCCACAAGCCUGCAGAAAGAGAUCGUGGAGAGCGGCCGGGGGGCGGCCACGCAGCAGGAAUUUUACGCCAAGAACUCCCGGUGGACUGAAGGCCUCAUCUCCGCCUCCAAGGCAGUGGGCUGGGGAGCCUCGCAGCUGGUGGAGUCAGCUGACAAGGUGGUGCUGCACACGGGCAAGUAUGAGGAGCUGAUCGUGUGCUCCCAUGAGAUCGCAGCCAGCACAGCCCAGCUGGUGGCAGCUUCCAAGGUAAAGGCAGACAAGCACAGCUCCCACCUGAGCCGCCUGCAAGAGUGCUCCCGCAUGGUCAACGAGAGAGCCGCCAACGUGGUUGCCUCUACCAAGUCAGGCCAAGAACAGAUCGAGGAUAGAGACACCAUGGACUUCUCCGGGAUGUCCCUCAUCAAGCUGAAGAAGCAGGAGAUGGAGACCCAGGUGCGCGUGCUGGAGCUGGAGAAGACGCUGGAGGCGGAGCGUGUGCGCCUCGGGGAGCUGCGGAAGCAGCACUAUGUGCUGGCCGGAGGAAUGGCGGUACCCAGCGAGGAGGAGCCCAGCCGGCCCAGUGCUGUGCCCCGGAAGAAGCCACCUCUGGCUCAGAAGCCCAGUGUGGCCCCCAAACAGGACCACCAGCUGGACAAAAAGGAUGGCAUCUGCCCAGCUCAGCCUGUGAACUAGGCUUGGCAUCCAGCAGGGCGGCUGAUGGCAGAGCCUGGGCACCUCCUGGCCUGGUGAGAAGCCUCCGAGGGGCUCGGGCCCUGCCCCUGUGCCUGGGCUUCUAUGUCUGAAGGAGCCUGCGCACAUGGGCGCUCGUCUGGAUGUGAGAAUCUAUUUAUCUGCAAAAGGAACUGCCGAGGCCUGAGCUGCACCCUCGUGGCAGCCUAGGAAUGUUCCUUAGUGUUCUCAAGCUCACGGUCAGCACACUGGGAAAAGGCCUCCAGUUCUUCUGGACUCAGAAGUCAGACAUCCAUGGUGUAUAGCAGUGGUCCCUGCUGACUACUGGGUAGGGGCCAACUGUGGCCUUCGAGGGGCAGGUCCCAUAACGUGCCCUUGGGCCUUACGGGGGUGGGGAGGCCAUCGCCCCUUGUGGGCCUGGUGCUAGGGAGUACAGGGGCAGCAGUGGCCGGGGACUGGGCCUGCUGGCGGCCCUGGCUCAGGCACGGCCUUUGCGCCACAUUUCCAGCCACUCUGUGGCUCCCUCCCAUUCUACUCUGCAUUCUCCUGGCCUGGCUGCCAGGGCCCCGGGGCUGCUUGCCGCACCCCCUCCGGUGAGUUCCAGCUCUCCUGAAGCUGGUCCUCCCAGCCCCGCAGCUUGCCAGAAGAAACCAGGAGUCAGGGUAUACUUUGCUGGGACACCCAGGGAGAGGCGAUGUGGGCCCCCCACCCCGUGUGGGCAUUCUGUGUUGAAGUCCAUUGGCAAUAAACGCACUGUUGUUAA